AUGACGCUGCGCGACGGUGCCGUGGACCUGUGGGCGAUGGCCGCGGAGCUGGAGCGGCAGUUCGCCGGGUACAAGCAGCGCCUGGCCUCCUCCGGGAGGAUCAGCAGCCUCGUCGACGUCGACGACGACGCCCACGUCCUCGCCCUCGACCCCGCACCCGAUGACGACGCCGGUGGCGGUGUCGUGGGCAACGGCCGCGUCGAGGAGGAGGAGGAGGACGCGGCGGUCGGAGGCGUGCGGGGGAGGAUGUACGAGGCGUACACGCGGCGGCGGGACGAGCGGCUGCGCUCUGUUUGGCGCGCGCGCAUGGAACGCAAGGAGGCUGAGGUCAUGGCGCUCUGGGCGCAGCUCGACGCCCGCGCCGGGCCCGGACGCGGCGGCGCUGGCCCGGCCACCGCGGAGGACGACGGCGCGGCCGGAGAGCAGGAAACCGAGGGCGGCGGCGAGAGGAGAAGGAGCUCUGACGUGGCUGCUCCGGGCAUGGUCUCCGGCAAGAAGCACCCGCGCACCAGGAGGAGCUUCUCGUCGGCCAACCUGGUCAAAAGCACCCGCCCUGACGUCGGGAUACGGCGCGCGGUCUCGCAGGAACCACCCGAGCCACCGGCAGGCACUGACGACGGCGCCGGCAGGAAGCACGGCCACCGAGCCCGGCCAGUGACCGGCGCCGCGCCGAAGCGCAAGGCCUUGUCGGGGAGCAAGAGCGCCUCGACGAAGGGGCACGGCUCACUCAGGCAGGCUGGCCCGAAGCCGAAGCCGCCGCGCAGCUUCCCCCGGCCGUCCAGCUCCGGCGGCAUGGAGGUUGUCAGGGAAGCAGCGCUGCCGCAGAACGCGAACGUGGCUGCACCGAUGAGCGACCUUGGUGCUGCUUCCGACAUUGGUGAAGCUCAGAAGGCUUCUUCCCGAAUACCGUUCUUGGCGUGUGACAAUGGCACUGUCACCGAGAACGCGCGAGCCGCUUCGCCGGCAUCAGAUGGCGGCGAGGUAGUGGACAGUGCAGCUCCAGCAGUAGAUGGCGACGAACCUGAAGCGAAGAAUGGAGAGCUCGCCAGCGACCUGGAGAGACGCGAUGCCGAGGAGAUCGUGGUGCGGUCGCCGGAGGCGAAGCUUGGUAACGGAGAGAUCACCAGCGACUCGGAGACCGAGCCGAGCUACGUCUUCAUCAAGAAGAAGGCCGUCGUUGAGGAGGAGGAAGCCGCGAGGCUCUCUGACGCAUUGGCUGGACCAGGAUCUGAUGAACCACAUAUCCAGGUCAGGAAUGGCACAGACGAGGUGCCGACGGCGGCGAAUGCCGAAGAAGCGCCGGCGAGGGGAAGCGCCGACUCGGUCUCCUCCAUGUCAGGCCGGGGCUCCGCUCCCAGCAGCCCGCCCUCCUGCAGCUCCCGGGCCCAGUCCAUCGAGAGGCUGCUCGGGGAGGACGCCGCGCAGCUGCGGAAGAGGCGAGAGGACCAGAGCGCCACCGGAGGGAGGAGCGUCCCGGCGGUGUCGACACCGGGCAGCGCGGGGAGAAGGGCCUACGGCGCGGCGCCGACGACGUCUCCGAGAGGGACGGCGAUGGGGUUCAAGAAGAGGUUCCUGAGCUUCGGGAAGAAGAACAGAGGCAGCAGGGAGGGCGCUACCACGGUCAUCGUCGACUGCAGCUCUCCGACGAUCGACGACGACGACGGCGCGAACGAGCGGUGGCCGGCCGCCGCCGACUCGAUCAGGCCCAGGAUGCUGGGCUCCUCCCCGGACGCUGCCUCCGACGACACGGAUCAAUAUGCCGCCUCGCCACAGGCCUGCUCUCUGCAGAGCCUCGUGGCUGCUGCUGCUUCUCCUGCAAAGUCUGAGCUGUGUGAGAUAGUUCCACCAGAGAAAUCACCAAAAGCUCACCGUUCGUUCUUCUCGCUCCGGUCCUUCAACUGUGGCCGGAGCUAG